UCAAACCCAAAGUUAAGAUGCUCUGCUCAAAGACUGUUGGGUUUUUCUUUGGUGCGGUCCUUCUUCUGAUGCAGUCAUGUGAUGGGGCCAAAAUCAUUGGUGGGAAAGCAGUCGACCCUCGUUCAAUGCCUUAUAUGGCUCUGGUGGUGCUCAAAACCCACAUCUGUGGAGGGAUCCUCAUUGACCCAGAAUGGGUCCUGACUGCUGCCCACUGUACUGAAGUUGUGAAGGUGCUGCUGGGAGUGCGCAACAUCACUCAGAAAAAAUGGGAACAAAUCAUAAACAUCACCGAUUCUGUUCCCCAUGACUCAUAUAAUGAUAGCACAAAGGACAAUGACCUCAGAUUGGUCAAGCUUAAAGAGCCAGCGAAGUUGACAGACCUGGUGAAACCUCUGAAGCUGAGUGAAACCAUCACAGACCCCCCAGCUGGCAGCACGUGUCUGGUUGCUGGAUGGGGACUCACCAACAGUCGUAACAACAAUAUCUCUGAUGUCCUGAUGGCUGUCAACGUGACUGUGAUUGACAGAAUGAAAUGCAACAGUGAAAAAUAUUAUAACUACAAACAUGUCAUCACCCUCAACAUGAUAUGUGCUGGUUCAGAUGGUGACAAAGAAGUUGACACCUGUAAAGGUGAUUCAGGAGGGCCACUGCUGUGUGACAACAAGCUCGUUGGAGUCACUUCUUUUGGAGACAAUCCCUGUGGUCAGAUACACAAGCCUGGAGUGUAUGCCUUUCUUUCCGAAACAAAGCUUACCUGGAUCAACAAAACAAUGAAGAAAUAGAAUGUUCUGCACAUCUUAUUUAUCCCGAUAAUAAAAAUGGAAUGC